ACAAGGAAAGGAUCACAUUGUUUCUAAAAACCAAAACAGACGACGAAACAGACGAUUUCUUUCUGCAACCGUUUCUUACAAUCUCCGCUUCCGGCCGGCGCUGGCUUCUCCGGCGUCGGUCGUCUUUGUUUUUCCUUUGCUAUUCUAGUUCUUUGAUUCCUUUCCAUCGGUUGAAACAAUCUAUCGACAAAUUUCACAAGUUUCAUAGAUCGAUGUGGAGGUUUCAAUGGUUAUUUGUCCUCCUCUUUUACCGAGUGAGAUAUCUUCCGACCACGAUCCGACGAUAUCAUCGGAGUGGUGCCGGCGUCAUUCUGCUAAGGCUUUGCCUAAGCGGCUUCCAGUUCAAGUUUGCAACAGAUCGAUUGCACUAUACACGUGUGAUUGAAUCUAAAAUCAGUGUCUCCAAUUUGAAUCAGAUUUCUCAAAACCAGAUCUGGGAUCCGGGAAUAUCAAAGUUCGAGUUUGAAGAUGAUGGAAGGAAAUUAGGGCUAGAUAUCACUAAUCAGAGGCGCUUCCUACUUUACUCGACGAUUAUGAUUUCUUAUCCUUCUGUUCGGAAGCAGUUUACAAUCUCAAGGGAGGUUGGUGUUCUCUUUUUGUCUAUGUCGAAUUUGAAGGAUCUGGGCAUCACACUACGGCUAGAUCUUAUUCACAAGCGUCGUUUAAUACUCUACUUGACGGUUAUGGGAGCGUCUCUCACUUUCCGGAAGCGGAUAACAAUGUCUGGAGAGUUCCAAAAUCUACGGUCUUGCGAUGUAACGGAUGGAUCGCAGACUUUGUCUUUCGAAAGCGUAAAAGAUGGUUCAUCGAUAAAAUGAAGAUGUUGCCCAAGCUAGAAAGUCACACAAGAUUGGCGGAUAAGACGAAAGCAACUAAGCAUAUAAUUCGGAUUGCGGCGCCUAAACUUUUUUGCUUUUUCGUUACAAAAAUAUUUGAUUGUAUUUAUAUCCUUAUGUCUAACAUUACAAUCUCUGGUUCAUAUUAAUAAAGCUAUGAUUUGGAG